AUGGGCGAGACAGCAGAAGAUAAGGAAAUAAAACGCGUCAGACGUCUUAUCACCAGAGCUGACACAAAACGUAUUAUCGCUGUCAAGAAAAUUCGAUCAAUUGAUAGCCUCGCUAAACGCGCAAAAAUUGAUCCUAGUCUUAUGGAUGAACUGCAUAUAGCGGCUGCGACGUUGGAUGAUUUAUGGGCACAAUUCGAAGCAGCGGACAAUGAUGCGUUAGACAGUUUAUUGGAAAUAAAUGCCGAAAGCGAAUAUUCACCCGAGUUGCCAGCCGAAGUGCUUUCUAUUAUCAAUGCUAUUACGGCAAUCGCCAUGCAAGGCAAUUACGAUAAUUUCAAGAAUGCUAAGCGCGGUCUAACUGAACAAAAUCAUGCCAGCGAUGUACCAGUUAAGCCAACAUCGAGACUACCUGAAAUCCCGUUACCGUCGUUCAAUGGUGAUUUUAAUUAUUGGCCCACGUUCCGCGAUCGGUUCUUCGCGCUUGUUGGCGAUAGGACCGACAUACCGAAAAUCGACAAAAUGCAACAUUUGAUCGGAUGUUUGCAGGGUGCUGCAGCUGACGCCAUACGCAAUAUACCCGUGUCCAGUGACAAUUACGACCUCGCGUGGUCCACGUUAUCGUCGCGUUUUCAUCGCCCGCGAUUAGUCGCGAAUGCAUUGAUCGACAAGUUACUCAACGCACCGGUGUCUCAGCAAGAAACGUUGUUCGAUCUCAAUAAUUUUGUAUCGCUCUUUUCCGAAAAUAUUGCGUUAUUAAAUGCAUUGAACAUCAAGGACCUCGGAUCAUUCAUAGUGUUCUCCAUGGCUUUUCGGUGUCUCCCGGCAUCCACACGCAAAUUAUUCGAGUCGUCCGCCCCCCCGGAGUUUCCGACUGUGACUGACUUGCUGAAUUUUGUACAGUCCCGUGUAUCGAUUUUGGAGAUUGCCGGAGAUCAUCAGAAAAGGCCCAAUAAUCGACCACAGUCUACAUCACACAGCAACGCGUUCGUCAAAAAGGUUCCGUUCAAACCAACCACUACAUCGUUAGUCGUUUCGAAGCCAUCGAGCUCCAAGAGUGACUCCUGUCCGAACUGCCGUGAAAGGCAUACAAUUACUGACUGUCGGAAAUUCGCGUCGUUGUCGGUCGAGGACCGCAACAAAUGGGCUCGUGAUAACCGUGUAUGCUACACGUGUUUAUCGACCAAUCAUUGGGCCAACAAAUGUCAUUCAAAACUCCGCUGUGCAACAUGUUCAAAGAAACACCAUACGCUGCUUCAUGGGUUUUCAACACGACGCCAUUCAGAGAGCGGUCCAUCUAGUGACGAUGCACCCUUCUGUGCUACAUCAACGACACACAGGAUCGACGAUUCAUCAGCCGUGCUAUUGGGCACCGCCCUCAUUCAUAUCCGUGACCAUUGUGGUACCUGGCAAACGGCCCGUGCCAUCGUCGAUUCAGCAUCCCAAAUAAGUGCCAUAACUGUGUCCUGUGUUACUCGUUUAGGACUCCGGCUGACAAACUGGACAGCACCGAUUACUGGCCUAUCCGGCGCAGCAGUUGCUGAUGUCCGAGGUAUGGUCGAUUGUGUCGUCCAACCAAGAUUUGCUACGGAACCACAAUUGAAAACAAAGGCGUGGGUAAUGCCGUCGAUCACGUCCAACAUGCCACGUCGAUCUCUAGACACCAGCGUCAAGGAUCGAUUCGCGAACUUAGCCCUUGCAGAUCCGACGUUCAAUAUUGCGUCUUCCGUUGAUAUGUUAUUGGGUGCCGACUUAUUCGCGCAGAUAAUGGACGGCCGGAAAGUUACUAUAGCUGCCGAUCUACCCACGGCGUUCAGCUCUAUUUUUGGAUGGAUUCUGAUCGGGCCGGUGCUCCAAACUGAGGUCGAAUGCCACGCAUCGUUCCCCGUGUCAUUAACCGUCUCAAUUCAAGAUUUAAUGGAAAAAUUCUGGCACGUGGAGGAGCCGGUAACCGCCCCCGAGAGUUUCACGGAUGAAGGCCGAUGUGAAGAAAUAUUCGUAGCGGAACACAAGCGACUGCCGUCUGGACGAUUCGCCGUGCCAUUACCGACGCGCACAGCCUUGUCUUCGCUAAGUUUUCCAGGUUCCCGUGAACACGCGAUCAAACGCUUUGAAAAUCUCGAGAAACGGCUGUCGACGGACUCCAAACUACGAGAGUUAUACUGUAAUUUUAUGUCCGAAUACUUAGCAUUAGGUCAUAUGUCAGUGGCAAAAACACCCGGGACAUACUUUAUACCGCACCACGCCGUGUAUCGACCUGCAGAUGGUGACAACAAAAUCCGCGUCGUAUUUGACGCGUCUGCGAAGGGUCCUCAAAGUUUGUCAUUAAACGAGUGUCUAUUGAAGGGCCCCAAAUUACAACAAGACAUCGUCGAUAUACUGACCCGUUUUCGUGUACCAAAGAUAGUUUUUACGGCAGACAUAUGUAAAAUGUACCGCCAAAUAUUGGUCCUACCGGAGUACCGCACACUCCAGCACGUGUUUUGGCGGUCGUCUCCGCUCGAAAAACUCGUUGAGUACGAGCUUGAUACGGUAACAUACGGGGUGAACUGCGCACCGUUUCUCGCAUUGCGCGUAUUAAAAUCCAUAGCGGCCGAAGAUUGCGAUGAAUAUAUUUCGGUACGCAAGGCCUUAACUCACCAAACAUAUGUGGACGAUAUCUGUGUCGGGGCGGAUACAGAACAGGAGGCGCUCGAACUCCAAUUAAACUUAAUUACGGUGUUGAGAAGGUCGGGUUUGGAGCUAAAAAAGUGGUCAGCAAAUACGUUAUCAAUUUUAAAUACAAUUCCGGUUGAUAGUCGCGGUUCGGGACCACUCCCGUUUGACACGGUCGAUGGGUAUAGCACAAAAAUAUUAGGAAUCGAAUGGCAUCCGGAUCGUGAUAGUUUUUGUUGUGCUCUCCGUCCUGACCCCACGCCAGUAUUUACAAAAAGGGGCAUAUUGUCACUAGUAGCAAGUAUUUAUGACCCGCUAGGUUUUUUCGCGCCGUCAACAUUUUUAGCAAAAUCUAUAAUGCAACGGACAUGGUGUAGUGGGCUAUCAUGGGAUGCUCCCCUACCCGAUAGUAUCCACGCGGAUUGGGCUGGCUUCGUUGCGGAUUUGGCAUCAUUGAUCACGAUUGAAGUUCCACGGUACAUCAAUGCGCGACAAGGCUCACCAUGCUUACUGUUGGGAUUCUGCGACGCUUCGCAGCUUGGCUACGCGGCCGUAGUGUACGUACGCAUUAUUGAUGCCCCGCCAGAUAAUUGUAUUUUUUUACUUGGGUCAAAGACCAAGUUAGCACCCGUGAAAUCGUUAACUGUGCCGCGCCUUGAGCUAAACGCGGCGGUUUUAUUGGCCCGUUGGUUAGGUCGUUUAAAUCUUAUACUGGCGCCACAAUUAAAUAUAAUCGGCAUUCAUGCGUGGUCCGAUUCUAUGAUCGCUCUGUCAUGGUUGAACGUUCCCCACGAGUCGUUCAAAACGUAUGUGUCGAAUCGCGUUCAUCAGGUUCAUACUUUGAUACCCACUUGUCAGUGGCAUCAUAUUGACUCAUCAAACAACCCCGCCGAUUGUGCGUCACGGGGUGUCAUGCCGUCCGUGUUAGCGAGUUUGACCUUAUAUUGGAGCGGGCCGCCGGUAAUUUACACCGAUACGUCCGGUUGGGAACGAACGUCACCACAGAUCACCGCAGAUGGUUCAGCCGAACUCCGGCCUGUAGUUUGCACUGCUGUUGUUAACGAUGUGUGUGCCGAAUGGUUCAGUUGCUUUUCUUCGUUUGAUCGUAUGAUCCGGGUGAUAGCGCGCGUUCGCCGGUUUAUCGAAUGUUGUCGUAGGGGCAGACUCGGAGUCCGUCCGCCUGAGUACUUGUGUAAGUCAGAGCUCGACGAGGCAACUCGUGUGCUAAUAUUAGUGUCACAACGCGUUCAUUUUGCUGUGCUACGACGCGAGCUGUCAAACAGCAAUCAUAUUUCAUCGAAAUCAUUGUCAAAAUUAUCGCCUUUUAUCGGCGCCGAUUCGGUGAUCCGAGUAGGGGGUCGUUUAAAACAUUCCCUGUUAACGUACGACUGCAAACAUCCCGUCCUAUUGGCCAAAGAGUCAUAUUUCGCCAAGUUACUGUGCGAGAGAUGGCACAGAAUAACUUGCCAUUCGGGACCGCGAGUCAUGGCAGCUCUAAUUUCGCGACAGUAUUGGAUAAUUGCGCUCAGGUCGGUACUACAUAGAGUAAUGUCUCGUUGUACUGUGUGUGUGCGGCUGAACGCGCAACCGGCCCAACCGUUAAUGGCCGAUCUACCAGCUGCGCGUGUACAACCGUGUAGGCCGUUCGCCCGCGUAGGCGUCGAUUUUGCCGGACCGUUGCAAAUGCGUGAUCUCGGACUACGAAAACCGCGCGUAUAUAAGGUCUAUAUAGCCGUGUUUAUCUGUUUUACGGUUAAGGCCGUGCAUUUGGAAGUAGUUUCAAACUUGUCCACCGAUGCGUUUUUGGCCGCGUUGGAUCGUUUUGUCGCCCGACGGGGUUUACCUAGCGACAUCUACUCUGACUGCGGAACAAAUUUUGUCGGGGCAAAUAAACAGUUACACCAAUUAAUCAAUAGCCCGGAAAAUCAAGUUGUUAUCGCGAAUGCGCGUCCAUCGUUUGAGUGGCAUUUCAACCCCCCCAGCGCCCCUCACUUCGGGGGCUUGUGGGAGGCAGCCGUGCGGUCCACAAAACGAUUAUUAGUUCGAGUCAUCGGGACUCAUGUUCUCACUUACGAGGAGUUUACCACCGUGUUGACGCGCAUAGAGGCGGUGCUUAAUUCUAGGCCGUUAACGCCUGCGUCCACCGACCCCCGCGAUUUAGAGUGCAUAACGCCGGGGCAUUUUUUAAUAGGGCAGCCGUUAAUAGCCGUUCCUCCGAGGUCUACCCCCGAUUCCAAACGCAAUGUCCGGGAUAGAUGGAAAUUACUUGACCAGUGCCAUCAGGCGUUUUGGAGGCGAUGGUCGAACGAAUAUUUGACCACUCUCCAGGAGCGGUCUAAGUGGACCCGAAAUGUUCCUAAUUUAAAAGUCAAUGACAUGGUGGUGAUUAUUGACAGUCACAGUUCCCCGCUGAUGUGGCGACUGGGCCGGGUCAUGGAGGUAACCCCAGGGGCUGACGGGAUUGUCCGUGUUGCGCGGGUGCUGACCAGCACGGGGGAUAUAACCCGACCAGUUGUUAAGUUAGUACCGUUACCCGUUGAUUGA